UGGCAUCAGCCACUGCACUAUGGGCUCAAAUUAAGGUCAAAAAGAUUUUGAGCUUGUUAAGUGAUGUUCACAAAUAAUUCCAAGUUUAUAGUUGUAAAUACAUCUUUGUAAACCUGUAAAAUAAAUCUGCAAGAUAAAUUACCAAGAGCUUCAGCCAUCGUUGCGUUUACAAGACAAGAUGUUAGAAUAAGCCCCCAUGAGCAGUGCUACUUCUUUAUCCUCUUAUGCUGAACUGAGGGCAGACUGGACGCUACAGUGACUUACUAUGGCACAGUAGUUUUACGAGACAGACUGGGCUGGGGCUAGCUGGUUAGCAUGCUAACCUCAAUAGAAGAAAAGAAGUGAUAGAAAUAGAAGCAAACAAGAGUUCAUAUUGCCGUUGCUUCCCACAGCUGGAGGCAUCUCUUGGAGUCAGUCCUGUAACACAGACUUCAGCCUGUUGACUGGUGAAACAGCCGUGUGGCACGACACCAAAACCAGCAUGAAUCUCCAGCAGCCAGCCCCUCUCAUCCCCCCUGUCCACCCUGAUGUGCAGAUGAAGCCCCUGCCCUUCUAUGAUGUGCUGGACAUCCUAAUCAAGCCUUCAAGUCUAGGAGCGAGUACUGCACAGAGGUACCACCAAGAAAAAUAUUUUAUCUUUGCCUUGACACCACAGCAAGUUCGAGAAGUAUGCAUAUCCAGGGAUUUUCUACCAGGUGGCAGAAGGGACUAUAUGGUUCAAAUUCAACUGAGGUUUUGCUUGUCAGAGACAAGUUGCCCUCAAGAGGAUAAUUACCCCAACAGUCUUUGUAUAAAGGUCAAUGGGAAACUUUUUCCUUUGCCAGGUUAUGCACCACCACCAAAAAAUGGCGUAGAACAGAAGAGACCAGGAAGACCUCUGAACAUUACCUCCCUUGUCCGACUCUCAGCUGCAGUACCCAAUCAAAUUUCAGUGACAUGGGCACCUGAAAUUGGAAAGACCUAUUCUAUGUCUGUGUACCUGGUGAGGCAGCUGACAUCACCACUGCUGCUGCAGAGGCUGAGGAUGAAAGGCAUCAGAAACCCAGACCACUCCAGAGCACUAAUUAAAGAGAAGCUGACAGCAGAUCCAGACAGUGAGAUUGCUACAACAAGCCUUCGGGUCUCACUUAUGUGUCCGCUGGGUAAAAUGCGACUGACAGUGCCGUGCCGGGCGGUGACUUGCUCUCACCUGCAGUGUUUUGACGCUGCCCUCUACCUACAGAUGAAUGAGAAGAAACCCACCUGGAUCUGUCCUGUGUGUGACAAGAAGGCUGCAUAUGAGAGUCUCAUCAUUGAUGGUUUAUUCUUGGAGAUCCUGAAUGACUGCUCAGAUGUGGAUGAAAUCAAGUUUCAGGAGGAUGGAACCUGGUGUCCCAUGAGACCAAAGAAAGAGGCAGUCAAGGUCCCCUCUCAGUCAGUUCCAAAAAUUGAGACUCCUUUGCGCCAACUGUCAGUGGUCCCCCAUUCUAGUGAACCCAGCUCUACUAAGAAGGCUGAUGUGAUUGAUCUUACUCUGGAAAGCUCCUCCUCUGAUGAUGAAGAGGACACAGACCCUCCACUGAAGAAACGCUGCGUUUACAUUUCCAAGAACAAUGAGGUGCAUGCAAAGGGAGUGUUGACCUACCAGCCCACUGUGCGCAUGCCAAACGUCCAGUCCCUGGACCCAUCGUAUCUGACCUCUACGCUUGCAGACUAUGCAGUCCCCUUCCACCCAUCCACCCUGGCCACCAUCCCCACAGAUAUGCAGAGUCUGGAUUUGUUUUCAUUAAUUCAAGCAGAUCCUCAGCAUUACCGGCCUCAAAUGUUCCUGGAUAACCUGACGAGCAGCAUGCAAAGUGCAGCUACAGUCAGCAGCAGCUCAGCCCUGGUCUCCUCCAGCAGCCACUAUGACACCAGCCCCCACGCUGCCAGCUCCAUCCAUGAAACCCGGGUCAUCACAGGAGGAGGUGGGAGCAAUGGAGGAGGGACUGACAGUAGCAUAUCAGAUAUCAUUUCACUAGACUGAGCCACGUCUCACUGGACCUUUUCAGGCCUAUAUUUUGUGGCCUUUUUAGUCCGGACCACAUGUACAUGACAUGUUAAGUUUUUCAUGGAAGCGCCCAAAUUGGUAUACAUGAGCACUUUGAUGGCCUGAAAAUUUUCACUAGGCAUGUUUCUUUUUGCCCUUUGGUUUUUUUCAAAUGCAAAUCGUUUCUUCAUCCUAUCUGCUAUGGGAGCAUUAUAAAUGGUUUUAGGGCCAAGCACAAAGUUAUGAAUUGUCUUGAAGACAUGAUGAUUUCCCAAAUGUGUGACAGUGAAUUGCCAUUUCUUUUGAAGCCUCUAGACUUCAGCAUUUGAGAAAUAUUCUUUUUUGUUUUCAAACCCUUAAAAACAUUAGCUCCAAACAAAAGAGUGUGUUUUAGCCUUAUAGUCAAGUAUUGCCUCGUGUUUUAGCUUUGGUUUAGUCCAACAUUCCCUGGUGUUUUAUCUCUGGUUUGGUCUGCCACCUCUGUAGGAAAAUCUCUGUCUCCCUCUGCCUUGCUAGAUGUUUCACUCUCUUCACCAGCCACUCACUGAAUUCAGCUCUGUGCCAUUGUGUGUUGUGCAAGGAGCUGAUUGGAAUUAGUGGAACUGGCAACCCUUUCACAUUACAAAGAGUAAUUCAUGUCAGUGUUCAAAAAUAUUGCCUUAAUUAUUAUUUUUCUUCCUAUUUUAUCGUACAGUUUCAUGACCUGUACAGCUGGUCUUUUGGCCAUCCACACAUAAAUGCAGAAAUAUCCUUCCAUCCUCAGCUCUGUAGAGGUCUUCCUGGCACAAAUAUAAAUGUCUAACACUUUUUUUUUAAAAAUACUUACAAAAUUGAACUCUUCAUUUAUACCAAUUUGCUUGCUUGCACAUACAUGUAUAUCUGACUUCAGUUUAUUCUGACCUUGUUGACCUGACCUGUGUGCCUCAUUAGCAUGGAAAAGAGUCAGGAUGAAUAGAAGAAGUCGGACUAACAGCAAGAUUUUGUUCCAUACAACAUCCUUGUAUGUGAAUGAAUGGUUGGAAAUAGGAAUGCCUUCUGUGAAAAAGACUUGUGGACUGACUGUUGACUGUGGAGGUGUCUGACCUCCUCACACACCGUGGAUGGGGCUGUUUCUGGCUGAUUUUACUUUAUCUGCUGUAUCUGCUUUCGAAACCCUGUUUUGGCUUUCAUGCACACUGAUUGAAACCUGGAAGGCAGGUCAGUAAUUCAAAUAUUGUCAUUGGCUCGAAUAGUUGUCACUCAAUACUUUGAUGGGGUUUGUUACAGGACAGCUUUUAUGUCAUACCAACGUGAUAUUUGUUCCUUCGUUCCAUUGUAAUUCAAACAGCAAUAAUAAUGUAACUAGUGUUAGGUUAAAUAACAUUGUAAAUGUAGUUCAGAUACUCAGUAAAUGAUUCAACCAUACCACUCUGCCACCCGGCUUACCAAAUCAAAUUUCUUUCCUUUGUGUAUGAAUCAUUUAUUUGCAAAUAUAAAUUGCAAACAUGAUUUUGUUUUGUUGGAGAGAUACACCUAAAAUAAUGGUUUAAGAUGUAAGCAACUCCACUCUUUUGCUUUCUUUCAGCAAGACAGAUGUUCAGAUGGUUAUCAGUCUCACGUUGUAAGUACAGAGCUAGAGUCAGGGUGUGGUUAGUCUAGCUUAGCAUAAUGACUGGAAGCAGGGGGAAACUGCUAGCCUGACUAUGUCCAAAGUUCAAAAACACACCAAACAACACCUCUAAAGCUCAACAUGUUGUAUCUCAUUAGUUUGCUCCUUACUCAAUCAGAAAUACAAAAACCACAGUUUGUGGUUUUAGGGGGAAUUAUGUGCUGCCCAGGACUAGCUGUUUUCCCCUGCUUGCAGUCUUUAUGGUAAAGUAACCAAAUUGUGACUCCAAUUCUGUAUUUAACACACAGACAUGAGAUUGACAUCCAUCUUCUCAUUUCACUCUUGGAAACAAAGUUAAGUGUAUUUCCCAAAACAUUGAACUUUUCCUUUAAAUUUUCUCAAACGUGCAUCAGCUUUGACAAGUAUGAGACAGUUCAUUGGAUUCCGAGAUACUGUAAAGUGUGAAGUUCAUUCUGCCAAAAGGUGGACUUUCUUCCUUUCAAUUAACAUUUAAAAAUCCACUUGGAAAUUCUUCUGAUCUCUGACCUCUCUACUAUUUUUGUCUCAUGUUUUAUGUUGAUGAUGCUUUGUGUUGGUAUGGGAUGGAUGGAUGUAACAUGAAUGUUUGCUCUUAAGUAGCUACACUUAAGCCUACUUUCUAACAGUUGACAGCAGGCAUAAAACAAACAAUGAUGAACGGGGCAGCUACUGUAUCAUAACUACAUUAUGGAUCGCUUGUGGACUCCCAGCCGUCAGGAGCUCAAUCUCAGGGACACACACUCCGCUUUUCUGGGCUUGACAGACUCGUUGAAUUAAAGUACAGACACAUAGAAAUAACACUGUUAGCAUUUGUAACUGAUAUACAGAUGGUAAUAAAGAAGCUAGGCUAAUGUGUAAGAUUUUUAAAUCAGUGUAUCUCUUUUAUUCAAACACCAUGGUAAUGAAUGUUGAUAUUUACAAGUUUACAUGUCAAGGCUGUGAUGAGGGUCAGUCCUCCCAAAUUACAAAAAGGAAAUGAAAGCUCAAUUAGCUCUAGUGUUAUGUAGUUAUGCGGAUGGUAUGGCUUUAUGUAAACAGGGUUUGAGAUGUCUGUCUGAGAUUUCAGUCGCCACAGAAUUAAGUCUGUAUUUAUGUAUUGAAAAAUGCCAUUUUAAAAAAAAAAAAAAAAAAAAAAAAAAA